AUGUAUGUGAAAUGGUUGGAUACAGUAAUGUAUUACUAUGUUAUUUUAGUGAAUGUCACUUUUUGUCAUUUUCAAAUUUCCCGCCGUUCCGUCCCCGUACGUCCCGACGCCGAAGGGGACGGAACCCAGAAGACAAAUGCUGGCAUCCGCCGGAGGACAUUACAGGGGACACUGCAGGAGGGACAUCGCGGGAGCGCAGGACAAGGUAAGAGAAGAACAGAUCCCGGAGCAGCACCGCAUGGUAAGCCCGAGUGUAGCUCGGGGUUACCACUUGUGCUACACUCGGGAAUACUGCCAGGGAGGCUACGU